CAGCAUCUUAAUAUUUUUCUUCUAGCUCAUCAACAUUCUAGCUUCGCCAAAUCAACCGUGUCAGUCUUGCAAGGCAUUCCUCUUGUUCUUGUUUUAGUCGUACUGUUGUCACUCCAGUAUGGAUGUGAGUCACAAGGAACACCCUUCCAGUACUACCAACUGGUCAUGCGAUGGCCAAAAGCAGCAUGCUACCACAAACCUGCUGAGCCAAAGAUUUGUGUUAUGGAUGAUGAUCAUGUUCCGAUGAGGUUCACCCUCCACGGAAUGUGGGCGACGAACUGGACAAAUAUCAAAGAUGAAAUUCGGUGUGAAAAGGCUGGAACGCCAUUUGAUGAAGAUGAGAUGACUAAACAAAAGACACUGCAAGAACAACUGGAGCAAAGCUGGCCGACGUUACUGGAUAAUUAUCCAACUAAUAUGGAAUUCUGGAAGCACGAAUACGAUAAGCAUGGCCGAUGCAGCCAAGAUACAACUACUCAGACCGAAUACUUCGAAAAAGCUCACAAAUUGUGGCAGGAAUUGCAGGUUGUGUACCAAGCACUUGCAGAUGACAAGAUCAUACCUGCAGCUGAUAAGAUUCACACCUACAACCAGAUCGAGCGAGCAAUCGCUAAACGAUUCGGCAGUAGUUGGAAGGUUGUGCUUUUUUGCAGAAAGGUGAAUCUGACGCCUCGUGGUACCGGUGGAACAAAAACGAUUCUACUUCUUUUGCAUGAAAUCGUAUUCUGCUUUGAUAACAAAGCAAUGGAAAAGAAGAGUUGCAACAGAAAAUCGAACUGCGAGAACGCGAAAACUAUAACACUGAUAAAUUGA